CCUGCUUUCAAACAAAUACCGUAGUGUGACCGACAUUUUUUAGUUUUACCUAGCAUAAAAUGGCGUCUAAAGUUGACAGUUUCAAACAAUGGACUCUGCACGAGCAGAAUGGAACCGAAAGUCUGGUGUUGGGUAACGCUAGUCUUCCUAAAAAAGAAGACAUUGGAGAGUACGAGGUUUUGGUUAAACUUCAUGCUGCUUCUUUGAAUUACCGCGAUUUGGUUAUUGCCAGGGUAUGUUGAAUUGCCACACUGAGAAUAAUCGCAUUUUCUUUUUGUAUAUCAAGUUCAAACCACUGAACUAACAAACCAAUAAAUCAGGGUGCUAAAAAUCUCCAAAUCAAGCCUGGUGUAAUCCCCGGCUCCGACGGCGCGGGUGUAGUCCUAGAAAUAGGGAAAUCUGUGACCAAAUUUCAGAAAGGGGAUAAGGUUGUAACCCAUAUGCUGCCUCAACUCUCGGCUACUACUUAUCCUACCAUGGAAGAUAUCUCCAAUGGUCUAGGUCAGACUAUUGAUGGGACUUUACGAGAAUAUGGGGUUUUCUCUGAGACGGGUUUGGUUCACAUGCCGAAGAACUUGACGUUUGAGGAGGCGGCUACGUUGACUUGUAGUGGGUUGACGGCUUGGAAUGUGCUUUUUGGGGGUGGGAGGAAGUUGAAGAAGGGUGAGAGUGUUUUGACACAGGGGACGGGUGGGGUUAGUGUUGCUGCUUUGCAGGUUAGUGUGUAUUUUCAUCUGUACAUUGUUCUACUGUAGUCUCGCUGGUUGACUCUCAUUUCUUUGGAUUCUAUGUGGCGCUAUAGAUUUUGAGGUCUCCAUAUCUUGAAGCGGUCAUAUUUUCCGGAAGGACUAACACAACUCAGUUUGCCCACGCUAUGGGAGCAACGGUAAUCUCAACCACAAGCUCAAUCACCAAAACCCAACGUCUCUCGACCCUCGGUGCCUCACAAACAAUAAACUACAUCGAAACCCCCUCCUGGGGAUCUCUCGUCAAAAGUCUCUCCCCAUCCUCGCUAGGAAUAACAAAUGUAGUAGACGUUGGCGGUCUCUCCACGUUGUCUGAAAGCAUGAAAGCGGUAGCUAUCGAGGGAACAGUCACAGUUACUGGUGUUCUUGGGAACGAUGAGAAGGAACACGUUGGUGCUUUGGAUGUCCUGUGGCGGGUUUAUUCAGUGAGAGGCGCGCUUCUCGGGACUAGGGAACAGUUUGGAGAGAUGUGUAAGUUUAUUGAGGAGAAAGGGGUUCGGCCUGUGGUUGAUGAGAGAGUCUUUGGGUUGGAGGAGACAAGGGAAGCUUUUGAGUAUUUGGAGGGACAGAAGCAUUUUUCGAAGGUUGUUAUUAAGAUUUGUUAGGCCCUUGGAUUUGACAAUUCGGGAGACAGAAUUGGUUGUAUUUUUGAAGUACCGUUUGGGUACUUCGGUUGCCGAUUCUGAGAUAUAACUCAACUCGGACCCUUUCAAAAUAGCUUUCUGGGGCCAAGAGAAGUUGAAACUCGCUUAGACAGUGGCCAGAAAAUACUAGGAUUGGG